CCAUAGACGCAUUGGAGCCUCAGGUCGACAGAUCGGUGGACAUGGGAGUGAAGGACCAGCUCGGGCUGAACACUAGCGAGACCGUGGGCGAGGCUGGCAGUGGAGAGGAGCGUAGAGCGACCAGUAGCGCAGACGACGUGAGGACCCUCAGCGUGGACUUCGACGGGCACGGGGAAAGGUUCAAGGUUUGGCGCAGCGUGGUGAGCGAGAUCACGGCCGAGAGCUUCCCCGAUGACCCGAUCGAUGGGCCCGUGUCCAUCGCCCACCUGGCGAAGGCCAAGUACAAGAGCGGGGGCGACCCGAUGCGCUGGCUGGCCGAGUGGAGCCGAGAGCACCGCGUCGAGCGCACGGAUCGGAUCUACCACGAGCUGGAGUUUCUUUCCCACGCCCUGCUGCUAGCAGGGACCUACGACCAGGUGAGCUUGGGCGGUCUGCGGUCGCUGGAGAGGCUCGCGCGGCGAAUUCAGGUGAUCACCGACGCCCACUCUGUGCCUGGAGCUCCAGCCGACUGGCGGAUGGCCCGCUACCUCACAUGCGAGACGGGCCCUGGAGACGUGGUGGCACCUGAGCUGCGCAGCUUCGGUGCCAAGCGGGCCAAGGAGGACGCCGAGUUCUUGAACGCUCGUGUUCGGGGCCCCACGGCGGCCCAGCGGCCGGAGUCAGGUAAAGGUGACGGCAAGGGCGACAAGAAGGGGGGCAUCCGUGGGGUCUUCCACGACGCCCGUGCGGCCGUGCAGCUCGACGUCAUGCAGCGCGUCGAUGGGCAGGUGAACGACAUCGUGCAGCCGAUGCGAGGCGUGGGGCUGCAGCCUCCGCAUUCAGCCCUGCGGGAGUUGAUGCGAGGGAGGUCGCCUUACCUUGGCGGCCCUCCCGAGGACGUGCUCGCCCCUUGCCGACCUGGGCUGCCGUCGCUUCCCGAGAGCAUCGCCGAGGCGCCCGCGCUUCGUGAGCUGCUUCGGGGGCAAGCGCGCCAGUGCGUGGAGGGGCAGGGCGAGCGCAUGCUGCGGGACCGCGAGAGCGUGCUCGAGGCGCUGGGGCGUUGUCCGCGGGCGCCGUUCAGCGAGCCAUCGCUGGUGCGGAGCCGGCGGCGGUGCGGUGACUUUGCGAGGGAUCUCGCGAAACGGGGACUGGCGCCAUUUGCACGUCAGGUCCCGGAGAUGGUGGGCAUCUUUUUCGUGUGGAAAAGGGGGGGGGGGGGGGCUCGUGUGAUUCUGGACUGUCGCAGGAGCAACGCUUGGUUGAUAGAUCCCCCGUCGGUGCAGUUGCUGACAGCGGAGGGUCUCUCGGCCUUCGAACUCGAGGAGGACGGGGGCGCCGAGGACCAUCUGCAGGCGGCCUUCCAGGCGGCGCUCGAGGACGUGGAGUUCUCGGUGGGAGUGGCGGACGUGAAGGGCGCCUUCCACCGCAUGCGGCUGCCGCCCUGGAUGAAGCGCUCGUUCGGCCUGCCCGCCCUGAAGGUGCUCGGCUACGACGACGUCAUCUUCCCUGUCCCCGAGGCUCUCCCGAUGGGAUGUACGUGGAGCCUGUGCCUGUGCCAGAGCGUGACGGAGCUCCCCUGUCAGUUCGCGCCGAGCCUUCGCGACGGCGCGCCCCUCAGCGACGUGGGGGGGCCAUUGGUGCUCAGGUUGGCGGCGGGCACGGCGCAGAUCGAGCACUGCGUGUACGUCGACAACAUGGGCGUGAUCGGGCAGAACGGGGAGCGCGCGAGCAGCAGCCUCGACGAGCUGGCGCAGGCUUUCGAGGCCGUGGGUCUACGCGUCCACGGGCGUGAGGUUCGGAGUGACGGCGUCGAGGUGCUCGGCGUGGUGCUGGACGGCCAGAGGCUGCAGACGCGCCCGACGUCGAAGAGUCUCUGGAGGGUGCGCCAGGUGAUCACGGGCGAGAAGGGCUUGACCGAAUCCACGCUGCCCAGGGGUGACUACGAGAUGGACCCGGAGUUCCGUGAGGCCGUUUUGGCCCAGGCCGUUGUCGACGCCUCGGACGCUGCCGAGGGCUCGGCCGACUGCGACGGGCCCUUCCCCAGCAGCAGAGCCAUCGGCGGCGCCGCGGCUGAGGGUGCUCACGCGGGAGAGAGCUCGAGGCGCGAGCGGAGCCCCGCUGGAAGGCGCGUCGCCGGAAAGCGCGCUCGGUCUGCUGGGGGGAGCUCGAGCGGCACUGCCAGCGAGUCCGAUGCCGCCGUCGAGCUCAAGCGGCAGAGGACACUGGUGAGGCGUGUGAAGUGGCGGCACCUUGCGGUAGCUUGUGCGAUCGAGGACGGGGUGCCGCUCGACCGAUACUUGAGAGUGCUCGAGCAGCUGAAGCAGAGGUGUGGCCGCCAGGACUUUUUCGAGAUGCCAGCGGAGACGAUGGACGCCUGCCUGGUCCACUACUUCACCUCGCUGUACCUGCUGGGCAAGCAGGCUUCGACGGGGAUUUAUGUCGCGGCGGCUGUGAACCACAUCUAUCCGAAGUUUGGGCGCCUGGGAGCAGACGCACUACGCCCUGGCGACAUAGUGAAACCGGGAGGUGGCAGUCAGCACUGGGGGCUCCUCAUGCACCCCCAGGAGCGAGCAGCGCCCGACAAAGUGGGGGAGUUCGACCUGGGCGUGAGGCUGGACUCCUCGUGGCUACGGUGGAUCGGGCCAGUCCUCAGCGAGCUGCAGAUGCUCGGUCCUCGGAAGCCCGUGUGGGAUUUCGACUGCCCCGAGCUGCUGCGCAAGAUGAGGGCGGCCUGCCGCGUGAUGCAGCUGCGGCCCGUCACGCCGUAUCAGGCGGGGCACUCGGGGGCGAGCGUCGACCAUGCCAGCAGCGAGAGGGUGCAGGCAGAGGUGCGGCGGCGGGGAGGCUGGCGCCAGUUGAAGAACAUGGCGCGCUACGAGAAGAGCGCGCGCCUCGGGCAGCGCGCGCAGAUGCGCGGGCCGAUGCUGGAGGCGUACGGCGACCAGUGCUUGCGCGAGCUGGAGCAUCCAGCCCUCGCCGAGCGGUGCAAAGCGCUCCUGAUCGGGGGCGGGCUGGCCGCGAUCGGGUCGGGCCUCGCCGAGGGUGGGGUGCCUACCUGGAUGUGGCGAGGCGACGCCCUCGGUGACGAGCGGCUGGGCGCGCCCUUGGAGCGCCGCCUUCAGGCGCACCUGCGGCGUGGUGAGCUAGCCGUGCUUUUCCUGUCGCCCGCGUUGCCGUCGGGCAAAGCUGCAGGUAG